AUGUCCUCCGCGACGGUCGCGGUCGCGGCGGCGAUCGCGCCGCGUCGCGCGUCGUGCGACGCGUCGAGACGAGAGCGCGCCGCGCGCGUGAUCGCGGGCGCCAGCGCAUCGGACAUCGAUCGCUCGCGCGAAUCCGACGACGACGCCUCGCGCGGCGUCGCCGACGACGCCGCGGACGACGCGCGCCGCCGCCGCCGCCGCCGCCGCGACGACCACCCCUCGACGUCGCCGUCGCGCCGGAGCCUCCUCCUCGGCGCGGGCGCGCUGACCGCGAGCGCCGCGACGACGACCGGCGGCAUCCUGCGUCCCGAUCCCGCGCGCGCGUUCAUCGACCUCCCGUCGCGCCUGCACAACCGCUACUUCCUCGUCCGUCACGGCGAGAGCACGCUCGAUACGCGAUCGCUCGUGCUGUCGAACCCGUCGUUCAAGUACGACACGACGUACGGGCUCACCCCGAGAGGGAUCGAGCAGAUGCACGAGGCGGCGCGCGUGAUGAUCGAGGAGCACGACGCCGCGCCGUCGUGGCUGUACACGUCAAACUUUCAGCGGAGUUUUCAGGCGCGUUCUAUAGUGUACACUGGUCCCCAUACGGCUACAUCGUCGCUCAUCCUGCGCGAGGACUUCGGGCUGCUCUUCUCGCAGCUGCGCACGGAGUUCAGCGGGCUUCUGGACCCGCGGAAGAUGGGCGCGCUGGACGGUGGGAGCGAGGACGCGCACCAGGCGGUGUGGGACGGGGACGCUUUAGACGCGUUGAACACGCCGCCGCCGGUGCCGGCGUCGCUGCAGCCCUCCGCUUCCGUGGAGUCCCCCAGGGACCUCUUCCGCCGCGCGUUGGAGUGUUUCACGCGCCUGGAGUCGACGUAUUUCGGCGAGGACGUGAUUCUGGUGUCGCAUCAAGACACGCUGUCGCUGUUCACCGCGGCGCUCAUGGGCACGGACUUGCGUCGGCAUCAUUUGGAUUACCCGUUCGCGCUCGGGGAGGUUCGCGUCGUGGACUUGACGGGCGCGACGUCCGGGAUGGUCGCGGAGGGCGGCGUCGCGUUCUCGCCGAAAGAUCUCAGGGGGGAGUACGCGGUGGGGGACCGGCCGAAUUAUUUCGCGAGCGGCGGCGACGAGUGA